GGCAAUCACCUACUGAAGCAAUUAAAAGUCUCAACAAACUUCAUGUGUUAGAACUUUUAUUGCCUGAACGAAAUAUCCCCCUUCGCCAGAUUCACAAGUAAUCAUCUUCCUUACCAGCUUCACCAACCGUCUCUAGGAUACUGAUAUUAUAUACACAACUUGAGUCAAGACAAACCAAAUAUGGCAAGUGAGACCAUGUGGUUCUGGUUAGUUCAUCUGCUACUGCAAGUCUUUACUGUAAGAGGAAAAGUUCCGGCCAUCAUUGUGUUCGGAGACUCUUCGGUCGAUUCAGGCAACAACAACCAUGUAUCUACAGUGCUCAAGAGUAAUUUUGCGCCUUAUGGUCGGGAUUUCUAUGAUGGUAAGCCAACUGGAAGGUUUUCCAAUGGUCGGAUUCCGACAGAUUUCAUUUCUGAAGCGUUCGGGAACAAGCCAAUAGUACCUGCAUACUUAGAUCCAACAUAUGAUAUAAAAGAUUUUGCCACAGGAGUUUGCUUCGCUUCUGCAGGAACUGGCUAUGACAAUGCUACUUCUGAUGUCCUAUCUGUAAUACCUCUUUGGAAGGAGUUGGAGUAUUACAAAGAAUACCAGGAGAAGCUUCGAGGAUAUCUAGGAAAGGAGAGGGCUAAUGAAGUACUAGAGGAAGCACUCUACCUGAUAAGCAUUGGAACAAAUGACUUCCUUGAGAAUUACUAUAUAUUUCCAGGCAGAUCAUCUCAGUUUUCUGUUGCAGAGUACCAGAAUUUUCUAGUGCAAAUUGCUAGAAAUUUUGUUUCAGAGCUUCAUCAUCUUGGAGCUCGGAGGAUAUCUCUAAGUGGGCUUCCUCCAAUGGGGUGUUUGCCUUUGGAGAGAACUACGAAUAUAUUUUUUGGAAGUGAAUGCAUUGAAGAAUACAAUAAUGUGGCCAAGGAUUUCAAUGAGAAGCUGAAAGGAAUGGUCACUGAUCUGAAUAAGGAGGUUGCUGGGAUCAAACUGGUGCUUUCAAACCCCUUUGAUAUUCUCUCACAAAUAAUUGAGAAUCCCAGUUCUUUUGGGUUUGAAGAUGCAACAAAAGCUUGCUGCGGAACUGGGUUGUUUGAGAUGAGCUACAUGUGCAAUAAAAGAAACCCAUUUACAUGCUUUGAUGCAAAUAAAUAUGUAUUCUGGGAUUCUUUCCAUCCCACAGAGAGAACAAAUCAGCUUGUUGCUGAUUAUGUGGUAAAGAAUUGUUUAGCCCAGUUUAUGUAAUGAUGACCAUAGAUAAUAUUCUUUAUUAGUGUAACAAUUCUAGUUCUAAUCCUCAUUGGUUGCAUCUUUAAUGGUGGCUUUAUUGUAAAUUAAUAAUCGACGUAGCAUUGUGCCAAGCAAAAUUCUUCCAUUAAUUUACUUUUGAGUGCAGAAAGGAAGUUUCUCCUUGAGUUGAUCAAUCUAAAUUCUCAUGAACAAAAUGAACGAUUCAAUGUGAUCCCACCAGACAUAGAUGGGAAAUGCAUUGAUUGGUAAUUUUGCAAAGACAACAACUAUUUCAUAAGUGGGUCACAUAAUAUUUCAACUUCUAUGUAUUCUUCAA